UUGAAGUCCUGAGAAUCGAACUAGGUAGGCUUCGUGACUGAGACCUCUGGAAGAACAGUCGGUGCUCUAAACCUCUGAGCCAUCUCUCCAGCCCCACGUGCUUUUUUUUUUUUUUUUUUCUAUUUAAAAACUUUAAUUUUCAGGUGGACCGGUGGCUUAUUGUUGCAGGGCAAAAUGGAGCUGGAGGAGGCCAUGAGUUGGUACACUAGCCUGGUCAAUCUGGCUGUCUUCCCACACCUGACUAUGGUACUUCUGGCCAUCGGCAUGUUAUUCACCACCUGGUUGUUGAUUUAUGAGGUCAUAACCAUCAAGCACACAUGCAAUAUUUACAAAGAGCUCCUCAUCUUCUUGCUGGCCUCACUCUUCAUGGGCUUUGGAGUCCUCUUCCUCCUGCUCUGGAUUGGCAUCUAUGUAUGAGUUUCCAAGGGUACCCACCAGGCAGCUUCACGAAGUCCCUGCUUUUGUAAAUGAAUUAUUUACAUUGCUACAAGUAUCCCACCUUCUGUUUACAAUAAAGGCAGGUGUGUGAAAAAAAUUUAUUUUUCAUUUUACAUACCACCUCCCCUUCUCACACUUUCUUACUCUUUACAAAAUGCCAUUUGCCUUUUCUCCUGCAGUACCUCUGAUCCAGGUUGUUCCUGUGGUCCCAGCAUCUUCUGCUCCCUAAGAUGGGAUUGUGUGUAUUUGUACUGUUAGACCCCCGAAAACUCAAGUAUUCGGGGUCCCAGGCCACGUUCGCGGUCACCCCAAUCACC